AUGCAAAAGAAGGGUGCCCGAUUUGGCACGAACGUGCCUAUGAUUACCGAACUCGUGAACGACUCGAAUGUGCAGUUUCUUGAUCAAGAUGACGACGAUGAUCCUGACACUGAACUGUACCUUACACAACCAUUCGCCUGCGGUACUGCAUUCGCUAUAUCAGUGUUGGAUUCAUUGAUGAGCACGACCUACUUCAACGAUUCAGCGCUAACGCUGAUUCGUACACUAGUAACUGGCGGAGCAACACCAGAACUUGAGUUGAUUCUUGCUGAAGGCGCUGGCCUUCGUGGAGGCUAUAGCACGCCUGAGACAUUAGCAAACCGUGAUCGAUGUCGGAUUGCUCAGAUCGCACUUCACGACAAUCCCUACGAAGGCAUUGGACACAACUCCACCUAUGGCCAAAUGUUUACGACAUCAUUGAAGAAGUAUGGUCAAUUAUGCAUUGGUUUGUAUCGGUUACACGACCAGGACAACGCCGAAUCUGUGAAACGAUACGUGAUCACAAAUCCUCCCGCAGAGCUGAGGAUAAGGAGCUCCGAUUAUGUAAGUUAUGAACAUAUAAACAAAAUAUAUUGGUAAGA